AUGCUUGUUCAACAUUUUCUUCCUUCAUCUAAUGCUACGACAAGCUUUGAUUCGUCUUUUUCUCCUUGUUCUCCCUCUACUAUUACUUCGUCGUUGAUGAAAAAUCAAAACGCGUCUAUUCUUUCUCCAUUCUUUAAUUCCGAAUCAACAGGCUUUCAACCAACAAUAGAUCAAAAUAUUCGGUUUGGUCGUAGUGAAAAAAUAAAAACACACUUAUCAGCUUGGCCAAGCAAAUUAACAUCAGUUAUGGAAAUUCAUCGACAACGUUUUUCACAACUUAAUCCAAGAUUUAAACAGCAACGUGCAACGGCUACACUUCUUCAAUCUGUUCAACAACCAGUUGUAUGCCCAGCGAUUCUUCCAUCAACAACACGUCCUCAACAUCGCCAACAACCACGUUCGAAACAAAAUCAACAAACACAUUUUCCACCCGCACAAUCAAAUCGACGACCGAAUACAGCUCAACUUAAACAACAACAGCAACAACAACAGUCAUUGUCAGAAUCUAAUCGUCAGUACAUAACAUUGACCAAUUUAACAAAAAUUUUACAUGUUCUUCAAACACAAGUCAGAACAAAUGAUAAUGAAACAUCCACGGAUAUGAGUACAUCAACAUCAAAUAGUGCUAAACAGCGUGUUCAGCAGCAUUUACAGAAUACAGCAACACGAUGGUGGAAACCAAUUCGAUCAUCAGAUUGUCAAACACAAAUACAAGCACCUUCUUCAAUAUAUACAUACGGAACAUCUGUUACAUCAACAAACGUACCAUCAACAGAUCUGGUUCAACAACAUCGACAUGAACCAGAUAGUUUCCCAUUAAUUACAAUUGUUUCAAAUUCGACUCGACAAUUUCAAAUGCCUUCAAAUAAUGGUAAUGAAACUUUUAAAUAUGAUGAAUCAGAAUCAUCAACUGAAAUUCAAACAUCAACAAUUAUACCAUCAAUUAUUCAACCACCUGCAACAGCAGUUAAUUCAAAACGUAUACGACAAGAACCAUUGAUAAUGCAACCACGCGGUAUGCGUCUUCAUUCAUAUGAUCAUCAUCAUCAUCAUCAUUAUUAUUAUAAGAAUCCGAAUACUAUGAAUUUUUUACAGCAGCAACGUUUAAUUCGUCAAACAUAA